GCUAGCAUGAGUAUGUACAACGUGUUUUGUUUGUGGUCGGAAUAGGACGCUCUCUUGCGCACCUUGUUCGGAAGUUUUCUCAUCUGAAUAAGUUAGGUUCAUUAAAGCAACUGCAAAUCUAUUUGGCCGUGGCCCACAAAGGUGGCCUGGCUGUACUGAGAAGAGAGAGCUACAAAUGGCUUCGUUCAAACCCACCCGGGUCCUGACGUACCCAAGACUAGGAGAGAGAGUGACAGAGGACACGCUCUACUGGAGAAACUAUAAGGCUCCAGUGCAGAUUAAGGAGUUUGGUGCCGUCACUAAAAUUGACUUUUCCCCCGUUCUGCCUCAUAAUUAUGCAGUUACUGCCUCAACCAGAGUUCAGGUUUAUGGGCCUCACUCCCAGGAGCCUUUGCGGAGUUUCUCCCGUUUUCGAGAUACAGCUUAUGAUGGUAGUUUCCGUGGUGAUGGGAAGCUGUUGGUGGCAGGAAGUGAGGAGGGGCUGAUCCGACUGUUUGACAUCAGUGGCCGAGUUGCUCUUCGCCAGUUUUCUGGACAUUCCAAGGCGGUGCAUGUGACGCGCUUCCUGUCCGAUGGUUACCGUGUGUUGUCAGGUUCUGAUGAUUUGACGUGUCGUGUGUGGGACGUGUCCAGUGCAUCUCAGCUCAGUGUUUUCACUGAACACACAGACUAUAUCCGCUCUGCGGCUGUCAGCAAACUCAACCCGGACCUCUAUGUGACUGGCUCUUAUGACCACACAGUGAAGCUGUUUGAUUUGCGGCUGGGAGGUUGUGUGAUGACCAUGCAGCACGGUCAGCCGGUGGAGGGUGUUCUGCUCUACCCCUCAGAGGCUCUUCUAGUCUCCACAGGUGGUCGGUAUGUUAAAGUUUGGGAUCUGCUAAAGGGGGGACAGCAGCUUGUCUCUCUGAAAAGCCAUCACAAAACUGUCACCAGUGUGUGUCUCAGCUCCUCCACUAACAGGCUGCUCUCCGGCUCUCUGGACAGGCAUGUUAAAGUUUACAACUCCUCCUAUAAAGUCGUCCAUAGCUUUGACUACGCUGCCUCCAUCCUCAGCCUCACGCUAUCGCCUGAUGAUGAGAUGAUUGCUGUGGGAAUGACCAAUGGAGUUGUGAGUAUCAGACACAGGAAGCAUGUGGAGGAGAGACAGACACUGGCCAGCGGGAAGCGGCGUCGCCCGGCGUACCGCGUCUUUGUGAAAGGGAAAAAUUAUGUCCCCAAACAGGAUGAUUUCUUAGUCAGUAAAACAGUGAAGGAACACCUGAAAAAACACGACCGAGAACUGAAAAGGUUUCAGGUGUCGAAAGCUCUGGAUGCAGCUCUGCAGUCAUGGGUACGCUACAGUAAACCUGAGGUGACUGUAGCAGUGAUGAUGGAGCUGAAUCGCAGAGGAACGCUGAGAAACGCGUUGGCAGGACGGGAUGAAGAGAGUUUAACGAGAAUCCUCAACUUCCUCCUCAAACACAUGUUGGACCCCCGGUUCUCCCGCCUGCUGUUGAUGGCAGCGGACAUGGUCGUGGAUCUAUACCAGCAGGUGAUCCCUCAGUCCCCUGUGGUUGAGCGGUUACUCCAGCGUCUGUUGGAGUUGUUGGGGCGGGAGGCGGAGCUUCAGCAGGAGCUCCUACAGGUUCUGGGAAUACUGGACACGCUCUUCGCUUCCUUGAGUCCUAGGAGAGAGGUCACGACCCCUACUGCCCCACCCCCUGCCCUUGGGCCCCCACUGCAGGCCAUAUGAAACGAACCGUAAUGUACGCAACACUGACAGAACAUCAGAGAGAGAGAGAGACAGACAGAGAGAGAGAGACAGACAGACAGAGAGAGAGAGACGUUCACUGGCUGAUUGUCUCUGCAGUAACUCCCUGAUAAAUUCAGAUUUUUCAGCCUGAUGUAAUAAAAGACUGUUUGUAAA